UUUCAGUACGUUUCACGCAUGCGCAGGGAGCGCUAAGCUUCGAAAACAGCAGCGCGAAAAGCAGCUCGGCUGGUGACAACAAACCGCCGCGUUUACGAUUUUAUUUUCAGAAAUGUGAGCGACAUUUGUAACUUAACUAACCUACCCGAUUUAAAUCUUAAUUUGUACACCAAGAAACAUUUUUAUGGUGACUUUACUCGCGCCGGCUUAUUUUAGUCACGUUAGCUUAUCUGGACGUUAAAGCAUAGCGUUACUUCAGCGUUACAUUUUGCUUUAUAUUUAACGGUUAUCGUUUACUAAGCUAGCUAACGUUACCGGAUAUGAAGCCUGUAAGAGGUUCAAACCGGGCCGCAUCAAAAGCACCUAACGUUACCCUGAAAAACAAGAAAAAACGAGACCAGAAAACGCAACAGCAAGUAACAGAACACCAGGACCCUGAGCCCAGCGAUGUUAAACACGGCACCCACCCAAAACCAGCAAAGAAGAGGAAAGCUGAAGGCUCAUCUUCAGUCCCAAACAAAGUCAGAGGUCAGGAGAAGUGGGAGCCGAUGUCACGAUCCUCCAUCAUUGCUCUAGAGAACAUCAUGGACUUGUCAAUACUAGCAACUCUUGCUUUGAGGCGCAAAGAGAAGAAAGAGAGCCAGGAACAUCUGAACAUAAUGAAAACCAGGUUUCUUGCUCAAUGUUCAGAGCUCAAAGUUCCGGUGCAGAAACAAAAAGAUUUUGAGCAAUCAUCUCAACGCCACCAGGAGGAGGCUAAGAGGUCAGAGGUUGGAAAGACAACUCUGAGCACCCUGGAGAAAGACUUAAAAGCCGUUAUCAGUGCGCUGGAGAGGACAGAAGAGCAGACUGUCACUUUACAGCACACUUGCAGUAUGCUGAGAGACCAGUUGGAGGAGGAGGAGGAGAAGGCUAAAGAGAUCUUACAGAUAGCUGAACAUGCAGUUCUCAGCCUUCCCACUCUACCUCCACAAAAAGAAGAAUCAACAUUAGAGGCUCGAGUGAGAAAAAUUAUACCGGACAGUGACUCAGAGACCACGGCCCACAAACUGGGAGAAAUUCUGCAGAAAUCUGAGGCCAACCAGGAUGACCAGGUGCUGCUUCUACAGGCACAAAAACAUGCUGAUCAGCUCUUCAACCCAGGCUUCACUGCGAGUGUUGAGUCUUGUUCAGAGUGGAAUCUCACUAAAUCUCUGCUUACACAGGUCUGAAAGUUUAUCUUUUUUUAAAGGACAUUUAAGAAGUUUGCAAGUGUUUUUUUGUUUUGAGCAUUGAUGUAUUGAGAAAUAUUUCUUAUGAUAUUACUUGGUUCCACUCCAACUGCAGUAAUUUCAUUCAAGCAAAAGCAAAAAUGCAGCCACUCUGUGUAAUUAAAAAUCACUUUGGCAUCAACAAUCAUUAUGCUAAAAAAAGAAAGAGAAAACUUCAAUUUAAGCAGGAAUUAUUUUAAGAAAAAUUUAAACCACAAAGUUUCUGUAAAUUUCGGAAAAUUGUUAAAUAGAAUAAAAGGACAUUAUAUACACAGAUAAAUUAAUACAAAAACUAUUUGUUGUAUUUUUUGUUAUUGAUAGCAUAGAGGCAGACAGGAAACUAGGGGAGAGAAAAAUGAAAAUUAUAAUUAAAUGAACUGCUGCCCUGUAGAUGCAGUUGUUUGGUUUUGUUCUAAUUUUUGUUUUUUCUUAGCUUGUUUUUGGUCAGAGGUCCAGAUAUCCAACUUCACUGUUGUCAUUGGAGCCUAACUACCAGAACACAAACUCAACUGCAUUCACAAUUAAAAGCUCGUGCACUAGAAUAAACAAAGUUAUGACAAUGGAAGUUCAAAAUGCUCGGGCGUCACGUGACUCAUGGAGACUUCCAAUAGUUCCCCGAAGCGUCUGGCGGGCCAUUUGAAUACAUUAUACGGAGAGACAAAACUCUGAUUUUCGCAAAAUAGCAGUCAAUAACUGCAUAGAUUUACAAUGUACACUGAGCGCAUCAUAUGUAGUUUCAUUAUUAUAUUGUUUUUUAAAGUAAAACGUGCUUAUAUUUGAAGAUUAAUGUUAACAGCUAUGAUUAUAUUAGAUUGAUUAAUGUCACACUUGGGAGAUUCACACAUUUCAGCAGUGCAAGAGUCAGAGGCAAUAGAAA